AUGAAAGGUCUGGUUACAUUAAUUACUGGUGGUGCAUCCGGUUUAGGUCUCGCCUGUGCAAAACGAUUCUCACAACAAGGUGCACGUGUUAUUAUAUGUGAUUUGCCUUCAUCAAAAGGAAAAGAUGUUGUUCAAAAAUGGGAUGCAAUAUCACAUACUUCAAGUCAAGAACUUGAUUUACAAGCAGAUAAAUUAGCUGCUCCACAAAAUUUCCGAGUUAAUAAAAAGAAUACUGAUGAAAAAAAUACAAGCACUUCGAUUAUUGAUAAUUCACCAAAUGAUCAAAAUAAUCAAGGACAAGGACCUAUGUUUUUUCCUGCAGAUGUUACUAAUGAACAACAAAUACAAGAUAUGUUUACUCAAAUCAAACAGAAAUAUGGUCGUCUUGAUGCUGUACUUAAUUGUGCAGGAAUUGGUGUUGCUUUUCGAACUUAUAAUAUAAAUAAACGUUCAAUGCAUAGUCUUGACGAUUUUAAACGUGUUCUUAAUGUAAAUGUAGCAGGUACUUUUAAUGUUAUACGUUGGGCUUGUCAUAUUAUGGCUGAUAAUCAACCAGAUUCUCAAGGACAACGUGGAGUUAUUAUAAAUACAGCAUCUGUUGCUGCAUAUGAAGGUCAAAUUGGACAAGUAGCCUAUGCAGCUUCAAAAGGUGCAAUUGUUUCUAUGACAUUACCAUUAGCACGUGAUUUAUCUAAUAUGGGUGUUCGAGUUUGUGCUAUAGCACCUGGUGUUUUUCAUACACCAAUGCUUGCAUCUUUACCAGCAAAAGUUCGAACAUUAUUAGGUAAUAUGGUACCAUUUCCACCAAGACUUGGAAAUUCUGAUGAUUAUGCUCAUUUGGCACAAGCCAUUCUUGAAAAUCCUUAUCUUAAUGGUGAAGUUAUUCGAUUAGAUGGUGCACUUCGUAUGCCACCUUAA